AUGUUUAUUCCCGUAAUGGAAGAGGUGGAUAUAUUUGAUGCACAGGGUGUACAAUAUGAUGAUAUCAACAGUACCUACGAAUUUGUAGACCAGGUGGUGCUUGGCAACAAGGAUGAUACCCCGGAGGAUGAAGACGAUGACCAUGCACACGAGUUCAAUGUGGUGCAUCUUAAAAUGUUUAUAGUGCCCCGGCUCGUUGCGUCUGAACCAGCCGUUAAGGCCGAUAGUGCCCUGAUCCGCCAGGCUCGUUUAUGGGAUAACCCGACUUUAAAUACAGAUCAGAAUGUAUACACCAACAAUGGAUUUUUCCGUCAUGGAAAUGAUGCCAAUGGAAAUCCGCUCGGGCAGUAUUUCAUCCAGAUAGAACAAUUGAUCCGCACCGCGGGUAAAAGAGGCAAGGAAAUAAAGCUGGCUGCCACGAAUGCCAAUAUUACCCAAUGGGAGUUUUACGAUCUGAUGCGCAACCUUAAAUACCAGCUCAGAACCUACUUCUAUACGGUGGUGCAGUUAGAGAGUAAUUCCAAACUCUAUGCACGGCAGAUCGCACAACUGGAUAAGCUGAUCGGCGGGAUGGAAGCCCAGUUCAACGCCGGGAAUGUGGCUAAAAAAGAUGUAUUGCGGGUGCAGGCGCUUCGCGUAAAUACCGAACUUGAGCAAACCGAAAAUGCCCGUAAACUGGCUGAUGUGCAGACGGAGCUGCGUACGUUGCUCCAGGUGUCAGACGAUGCCUAUAUACAGCCGGUUACAGACAACACAACCCUGGAGGUGCUCCCUGAAAACAAUGUAGAGCAAAUGAUUACAGAGGCUAAGAAGUCGAACAGCAGUUACCAGCUCCAGCAAUUACAAGUUGUUUACGGGAAGCAGAACCUGUCUUACCAGAAAGCAUUAGCCGUUCCGGAUGUAACACUGGCUCCCAAUUUUGACCGGCAGAGUAACCAUGUGAUCAAUUAUUAUGGACUGGGCAUUAACCUUCCGCUGCCGGUAUUUAACCGGAACCAGGGAAAUAUCAAGGCGGCACAAUUCCAGGUGAAAAGGGAGGAGGCCACUUUCAGCCAGGUAGAUAUAGAACUGCAGAAUAAGGUGAUGAAUGCCUACCGGAAACUCCUGCUGACCGUUAACCUUUCCAAUACCCGUCAGAAAGAGUUUUACAGCAAUUAUGCCCAACUCUAUAACAAUGUGGUAGAAAGCUAUAAUAACAGGCAGAUCAACCUGCUGGAAUUUAUUGACUACUUCAACGACUAUGAAGAAGUGCGUGAAAAGCAGUUGUUACAGGAGUUGAAUAUAAGACUGGCUAAAGAAGAGUUAAACUACCAGGUUGGUGCAGAUGUCGUUCAAUAA